CUCUGAGUUGCCAGGCAGCUUCUGUUGGGUCAGCGGCGUGAGGGGAGAGCCCCGGCGUGGCCCCGGCACCUCCUGGUCCGUUGUACUCCCUCCCGGCCCCUCGGCCGAGCCCCUGUCCGUGUCCCCCGGCAGGUCCGGGGGAUUGGGAAACCACCUCCACGGAGGCUCCGCCGGACUUGCAGACUGGGCCUCAGCCCGCGCCCGCAGUGGACGGCGUCAUGAAGCAUCUGCCACAUUUCUGCCGCGGCGAGGUGGUGCGGGGCUUUGGCCGUGGCUCCAAGCAACUGGGCAUCCCCACAGCUAACUUCUCUGAACAAGUAGUAGAUAGUCUUCCGGCUGACAUAUCCACUGGCAUUUAUUAUGGAUGGGCCAGUGUUGGAAGUGGAGAUGUCCAUAAGGUGGUGAUAAGCAUAGGAUGGAACCCAUUCUACAAGAACACAAAAAAGUCCAUGGAAACCCAUAUCAUGCAUACCUUCAAAGAGGACUUUUAUGGGGAAAUCCUCAAUGUGGCCAUUGUCGGCUACCUCAGACCAGAAAAGAAUUUUGAUUCUCUAGAGUCACUUAUUGCAGCGAUUCAUGGUGAUAUUGAGGAAGCUAGAAAACAACUAGAUUUACCAGAACAUUUGAAACUCAAAGAAGAUAAUUUCUUCCAGGUUCCUGAAAGCAAAAUAAUGAAAGACCGUUGAGGAAAAGUCAUCUUCCUUAUUCAUUCACUGUUUUCCAGUAUUUUACUGCUCAUAACUGUGUAGUCUCAUCCUGGCCAAAAACCAAACAUUUUCCUAUAGCUGUGAAUUUAGUUUAAACAGGACAAUGUAAUUAUCAUUAUGCUUUAACUGUUAAAUUAAACCAAUCAUGGUAUAGUACUAAAAAGAUUCACUUUAAAAAUCAAGAUUCUUUUCAUGUCAUGUGUUGACUAAAAUUUACCACUAGAAAGGUCUUAAGUGUCUUAUAAGGGAAAUGAAGUGUAUGUAGCUAGGGGUAAAAAGACAAGUCACUAGUUUGAAAUGAAGACUAAUUCUCAUGGUAAAAUACUAACAUGUAUGUACUUGUAUAGCAUGUGCUGCUAAACAGAGAAGGCUUAUGAAAGUAAAUGUAUUAAACAGGUUUUAUAGUUUAUUAUAAACCCCUCAUACUUUGUAUUUUUAUAUUUUCUGCAUUAAUAUAGUACUACAAACAUGAUGACUUGUGAAAUUUUAAUGAGUCAUUUUCUUUAUGAGGUCGAAUUAUUGUAGUGUGUGUGUGUGUGUGUGUGUGUGUGUGUGCGCCAGCUGCUUCAGUUUUAAUUGGUAUAGACUCCCUCUUCCUAUUAGGUUUUUUUUUUUUUCUUUUGGUUUGUCUUUUAAAACAUUAAGUGAGUGUUUUUCGAAGUUGUAGUUUUAUUUUUGUGUUAUAUAGCACUUUUCUCUUUUUAAGAGUAGAUAUUCCUCACCAUUUUUCUUUUUUCCUUUAAAUAACCACCUGUGUCAAUUUUUUUUUUAUUUAGAAUAUCCUAUGACUUACAAGGAUUGCAUCUAUCUCUACCAUUUCAUCCCUUCACUAUAUGAAAGAACCCUGAAAGUAUCACCUUUAGGUUUCUGCAAAGUUUAAACGAACAUGUGACAGUUCGUUUUUAUUGUACUGGGUUCUUAAAGACAAAAAAUAGUUGUUCCCUACUUCCCCAGGGAAAAUGUUUUAAGAGCCAAUUAAACUAUGAAAUAGAAAAUUAUUUAAUUUUUAACACGAUUAUGUAAUCCUGAGCAAACAAACUAUUGUAGUUGUGCACGCACAAUAUGAUUUAUGGUAAGAGUGCUUGUAGCUUGGGGGAAAGGUACAAAUAAUAAAGUUUGAGUAAAUCGUCAUACUAUGCAUUUUUUUCUUCCUAACAACUAACUCUUGUUUAUAUUGGAAACUUUAUAUUGGCAAGAAGUUAAAUUCUUUGGAUACUUAGGAAAUUAAGAUUACAGGUUCUUUAGGCCCCAGAAACAGUACAUUGUAUUACUCACUUAGGCACCAGGUUUGGUUGAGGGGUGGGGACAGGCAUAUAGACGGUAAUUUUUUUUCAUCAGUCUGUACCGUGUAUCCAUGCCUCUGUUUCUUUUCAGUUUUAUUUUUUCCCAUUACCAUUUAGUCCUCUUGUAUCCCCCUUCUCCUGCAAACACCACACUCCUGUCCAUGUCCACGAGUCCUUUUUUCCUUUUUGUCAGUCCUUCCACCCCUUCUCUCCUGUCCCCCGUAUAGUCCUGCUCUCUGAGUCUGUCUCUAUUUCGCUUGUUAGUUCAGUUUGUUCAUUGGAUUCCACAUAUGAGUGAAAUAUGUUAUUCAUUAUUUGUCUUUCUCUGACUGGCUUACUUCACUUAGCAUAAUGUUCUCCAGGUCCAGCCAUAUUGUCGCAAAGGGUAAUUAAUAGAAGGUAAUUUUAAAGAUAACGUAUUGCAAGUAAUUUUUCACUAAGCUGCACAAAUAACUGAUUUUAACCAAAAUAUAAGGUAUUUGGAAUAACAAAAAGUUAAUUUAGGGGAAGUGGAAACAUGAAUAAAUUCAGUGGGAUUGUUUUCGGUGUAUGAAUUUAUGGCAAAUGAUGUGUCUUCAUGUCUUCUCUAUAAAAAUACUUAGGAAAUGUAAUUUAAUGUUAGAAAUCCUAUACUUGAAAGAAGCUUCAAAUAUCAGUGGCUUUAUGAAGCAAAGGUAAGAACAAAUGUGUGUGUUUGAAUAGAUUGCUGCCAGUUAUGUCCUCAAUGUGUGAAAGUUUUUUGAUAGUUUGUCACCUUACAUUUUGUGAAAUUGCCAUCACUUUUGAAAAUCAUAUAGUGUGUGGGUUAGGAGUUAGGUAAUACCAUUUAAUGUUUUUUUUUUAAGCUUUAGUUUAAAUAUUGAUGUAUUAUAAGAAAUUACAAUAGUACCAUUUUUGAUUGGUCUAAAUGAUUUCCGGCUUUGAAAUAAAUCUUGAC